UUCGGCAACAAACAACCGGCGGACCAAUCAGGGCGCUCGGUGGGCCGUUAUUCAGCUGCCAUUCAGACCUUUAUAAACUUUGUGUUUCUCCGCCGAAGACCAGUGUUUUCUGCCCGUUCAUCUCCAACAAGAAAAGGUUUACAUAGGAACCCACAACAAUGCUGCCUGUUGUCGUGUUGGCGGUCUGCUUGAGCUCGGCGCUGUCGGCCCCCAGUCUGGACCCACAGCUGGACGACCACUGGGACCUGUGGAAGAGCUGGCACAGUAAAAAAUACCACGAGAGAGAGGAGGGAUGGAGGAGGAUGGUUUGGGAGAAGAACCUGAAGAAGAUCGAGCUGCACAACCUGGACCACUCCAUGGGCAAACACUCCUACCGCCUGGGCAUGAACCACUUUGGAGACAUGACUCACGAGGAGUUCAGGCAGCUCAUGAACGGCUUCAAGCGCAAACCUGAGAGGAAGGCGAAGGGAUCCCUGUUCAUGGAGCCCAACUUCCUGGAGGCUCCCCGCGCUCUGGACUGGAGGGAUAAGGGCUACGUCACCCCUGUUAAGGACCAGGGUCAGUGUGGCUCCUGCUGGGCCUUCAGCACCACCGGAGCCCUGGAGGGUCAGCACUUCAGGAAGACCGGCAAGAUGGUGUCUCUGAGCGAGCAGAACCUGGUGGACUGCUCCCGACCCGAAGGCAACGAGGGCUGCAACGGCGGCCUGAUGGACCAGGCCUUCCAGUACAUCAAGGACAACCAGGGCCUGGACUCUGAGGACGCCUACCCCUACCUGGGAACGGAUGACCAGCCGUGUCACUACGACCCCAAAUUCAACUCGGCCAACGACACCGGGUUCGUGGACGUCCCCACCGGUAAGGAGCGAGCUCUGAUGAAGGCCGUCGCCGCCGUGGGGCCGGUUUCGGUCGCUAUCGACGCCGGACACGAGUCCUUCCAGUUCUACCAGUCAGGAAUCUACUACGAGAAGGAGUGCAGCAGUGAGGAGCUGGACCACGGCGUGCUGGUGGUCGGCUACGGCUUCGAGGGAGAAGAUGUGGACGGCAAGAAAUACUGGAUCGUCAAGAACAGCUGGAGUGAAAAGUGGGGUGAUAAGGGCUACAUCCUGAUGGCCAAAGACAGGAAGAACCACUGUGGCAUCGCGACGGCGGCCAGCUACCCUCUGGUCUGAAGUGCACUUUGGCUUCACUCUGUGGCACCGUUAGUUUUUAUUGCAAUAGUUUGGCUGGAGAGGACGGACGGACGGACGAGGCUUCGGUCGUUGGCAGGAGAUUCUGCGAAUGUUUCACGAGGAGAAACACUGAUUUUUAGGGAAAUGGCGCCAUUUUGUUUUGGCUGGUUUUAACGCCACUUUAUUUUGUCUGGAGAAAUUUUACUCUUAGCGUUUUAUCCUUUGUAAAUAUGUGUAUGCUACUUGGUAAGUGACACAGCAACACUUACAUGUUUUUUUUGUACUUUUACUGUGAUCAAUUAAAAUUGUGAAACACUA